UCCCCACCCGGAAGCGCGGCACGUUCCCGCCUCUCUGCCGCCUUCUUCUGGCACACAGGAGUUUAACUUCUGAUUACAUAUGGGCAACUUAUUGACGUCAACCGUCCACCGGUGAUCGAUUCCGGAACCUGGUUAAACGGCUUCGGGUCUCUCUGCGUUGGCGGUACCGCACGCGGUAGGCCGAGCAGCGCGUGCACAGGAACCGCAGUCGGUCAGUGACAUUGGCACGUUAGUGGUGUUGUGGUGCUGUGCACAAGUUGAUGUGUGUGCGGAACGCCUAUCCCCCGCGGUUCUCCCCUUCAGCGCCUGCAGCCAUGAGCGAAUACUUCAGCCUGUCGGACGGUGACGUUAUCGGCUUCGACCUGGACCACACGCUCUGCCGCUACCAUCUGAAGGAGACCUCCAGGCUGAUCUAUGAAAGUUUUGCCAGGUAUCUGGUGGAGCAUAAAGGCUAUGACAAGGACCUGCUGAACCUGACCCCUGCUACCUGGGAUUUUUGCUUCAAGGGACUCGUGGUGGACCUGGAAGAUGGAAACCUCGUGAAGCUGGCUGAGGAUGGAACUGUCUUGCGAGCUACUCAUGGAACCAAUGACCUCAGCACUGAAGACAUCAUCAAACACUAUGGUCCAAAGAGGGAGUGGAAACACUUCAACAGCCUCAAUACCUCCUUCACAAGAUCCCCAAAAUACUAUUUUUAUGACAACUACUUUGAUCUACCCGGGGCUCUCCUCUGUGGAAGAGUUGUCGACAUGUUGCGCAAGCGUGGGAAUGAGGUGAAUUCCGACUUUUGGAAAGACAUGGUUGCUGCCAUUGACCACAACUACAACACGGCUGCGUUCAAAGCGGAUGCAGGGACGUACUUCCCCAGUGUGAAGAGGGACCCGGGCCGGUACCUGCAGCCCUGCUCCGACUCCGUCAAGGCCUGGCUGCGCAGCAUGAAGAGCGCCGGGAAGCUCCUCCUCCUCAUCACCAGCUCCCACAGUGACUACUGCAGGCUUAUCUGUGAACACAUCCUGGGGAAGGACUUUGAGGAGCUAUUUGACGUCAUCAUUACAAACGCCUUGAAGCCCGGUUUCUUCUCCAUGGUGCCCGAGCAGAGGCCCUUCAGGACCCUUGUGAACGACGUGGAGGAGAGCGAGGGCCUGCCGUCGCUGGACAAACCCGGCUGGUACUCCCAGGGCAACUGGCCGCACCUCCACGAGCUGGUCAAGACCAUGACGGGCAAGCCGGAGCCCAAGGUGGUGUAUUUUGGAGAUAGCAUGAGGUCGGACAUGUUUCCUGCCAGCAGCUUUGGGAAGUGGGAGACGGUGAUGAUCGUGGAGGAAAUGGAGGGGGAGGGCGUUCCGAAGAGUGACGCGGCACUGUCCAACGAGGCCCAAGUGGAGCCGCUGGAGAAGAGGGGAAAGUUUGAGGAGCAGGGCAUGAAGUCGCCCUCCGAUGUGUCCGAGCAGUGGGGCUCCUACUUUGUCGACGCACAUAGUAGCGGAGGAGGGGAAGAGGAGAGCCAGCAACUGACCUGGUGCUGCCACAGCAUUCACAAAUACAGCACCAUGGCCAUCCCCAGUGUCGAGCACAUAGCAGAUCUCCCGCUGGAUUACAAGUUCCCCAGGUUUUCUCCAGACAAGCCCUGCACCACCGGCUAUUACCCGAGGCCCCCGGAUUCUUUGCUGAAGAGGUGUGAGAGUCUGUAAUAAAAAAAGAAAGAAAGAAAGAAAAAAAAAAAAAGGGGAAAAGGUUUAAAAAAAAAGAAAAAGUACUCCCUUACCCAUUUGCCUCAGGAGAGGAAUGUGCCUCCAUCUUUGCCUGUAGUUUCCCACCUGACCCCGUCGCCCUCCCUCUGUGGAGCACAGGAAGCAGACACUCCUUACCUGUUCAGAGAAACCAUGUGAAUGUAAGGCACGGCAUCUCUCCAAUAACGCCUACAUUUGAACGUUGUUUCGUAGUUUAGUGUACCGUACAUGUGGAAAUAUGACAACAUUUGUGCGUGUGUGUUUCUGCAUACAGUAAUUAGAGGAAAUGUUGUGUUUUUUAUUAUUUAAUGUGAGAGGCCCUUAUUAUUUUCUAUGGUGUAUUGUUUUCAAAUUGGAAUUCUUUAACCUUUACAUAACAAAGUGAACAUUUCACUGCCUCUUUAUCCCUGAAGGGAUUACCUCAAGAAUGCUCUCUACUGUAGUCCAAUGCUAAUCCACUGAAGUCAUUGUGUCCGUAUUUCUGUACAUCGGUUAUUGUGAGGUCCUCUUUUUAAGAAAAAUAUGGUUUAACUGUGUGCAUUUUAGAAAACCUUAACAUUAGGUUUAAGGUCUACCGUUUCCCCUGUGUCAGUUUUGUAGACGGUGUUAUUCUUAAUCAGGUCAGACCUGGCACAAUGCUGUCCUUUGUGUGAGCUGUCUCAAAAAACACAACUUUGGGAAACACUUAAUAUUAAUGGUGAAUGAUAUAGACUAUGCUAGAUGUUCUCUGUAUCAACUCUUUGGUGCAAUAGUGACUUGUGCUCUUUGAGUGAUUAUGUAAAAACGUGGACUUCUUGUGCUUCAUCCGUUUGCAGUGUGAGAUAUGCUUUACCGACUUCUGAAUGGUUAUUUUGUCGGUGUGCAUAGACGGGUUGUACCAUAGUAUAUUAAAAAAAAAAACUCUGGAAGUUUGCUUGUCUCUCUUGUGUUACCCAAGAUCAAUUUUAUAUUCAUCUUUGAGCACCCAGGAUCUGUUUAGCCUAGCUUAGCAUUAAGACUGGUCCAAUAUUAGCAUAUACGAUUAAAUGCGGGAAAAUACAACACGCAACAACUUCAAAACGUUUUUGUUGUGCGCAUCAUUGGGUCUUUUAGAAAAUAAUCUGGAUGUGCACCUGGUCUCUUAUUGUUAAACAGUACAUUUGAUGGACAAUGACUAGCUUCUUGACUAGCUGCUAGCUACUGUUUUUUUAGUAAUUUUGCUAAGCUGGGCUAAACAUCCCGAACUAAUAUCUGUUAACCACAUUGAUGACAAUGGUUUCAAUCUUCUCAUCUAUUCAAACUAGCUGUCAUGUGUGUGAUAUUUGUCAUCCAAAGUAAAUUUGUACUUUUACCAUGUGUGCAAGUGUUUUAUGCAUACAGAUGUGGUGAUUGUUCUCUUCUUUUCUCAUCUGACUUGAACAUUUGAAAUGCACAUUUGCCUUAUGUUGGAUUCAUUUGUGGUCUACGAUUUUGAAAAACACAGGGAAAGAUCAAUUCUGUGUUUGAGUGUACCGUUGAGGAAAUAAAAUGUUCCAGACUUUUCUUA